UCCUCCCUCGACCGUAGCUGGACAUAUUGCCCAUAACACUCCUACAAGUCACACAUGCGAGAAACGAAACUGAAUCAUCGUCCGACUUGCGCCCCAUUCUAUGUGAAAUCCGACCUUGAACCGUUCUCUACCAAGUGUCACCGUUAAUUCGUCGACGGAUUUUAUCUCACUGCAAGACACGGGUUCGAAGGCACAAUUUGACACACAGUGGCACAUGAACAAAUUUCCACUUCUUUGCGGGCCUCUCUGUGCCUUUGGAGUGCUAUUUCUGAAAACUAAAACUAAUCGGGCCACGUACUUUCGCAAUCCUAACGUCACGAAAUCCACCGUCUCGGUGAUGCAGUCACUAUAUUUAACUGCAUAUUCUGGACAACCUAGAUGCGGAACAAGCUUCUACCAGCACCAUCAUUUCCCCGCAAAGAGCUGACCAUGCCCGUUCCUGUUUCUGCUUUUGACGUCAAACCAUGGAUUCGACCUGCUGAAACUACCGAGAACCUUGACUGGGCACCAUUGAAGACCAUCAACCUUUCGAUAUUCGACCAGCCAGGGGGUAAACAGAAGCUUGCUGAAGACUUGCGCGAUUCCGCUAAGAAUGUCGGCUUUUGGAUUGUAACUGGCCACGGCAUUCCUGAUGAAGAGGUAUUACGCCAACUCUCAAUAGCUAAUACUUUCUUUAACUUGCCUAUUGAAGAGAAGAGGAAGUAUCCUUGCGACUUUUCUAUUGGCAACUACUUUGGUUAUCGCGAACCUAAACGCACGAUCGGCGACACCAGUGUCAAGGAGAACAUGGAAAUGCUGAACAUACCCAAGUAUACCGUCAAUGACGACUAUAAGGAUGUGUCCAAGCACGACAUCGUCAAGGCUUAUGAAGAAGAGAUCGCGGCCUUCCAUAGGAAACUCUUCGAAAGAGUCGCUGCCAAACUUUUUGUUCUUCUUGCCAUCAUCCUCGAGUUACCCGAGAACUAUCUGCUAGAUGCACACGCCUACGACAAAAAAUCAGAGGACCAUCUUCGAUACAUGAUCUAUCAUCCACGAUCACUGGAGGACCGCAAACUCGCCAACGACGGUCGUGGUGGGGGUCAUACCGACUUUGGCUCCCUCACUCUUCUUUUCUCCCAAAACGUCGCUGGCCUGCAAAUUCGAACUCCUACCGGAGAGUGGAAAUACGUCAAACCGGUCACAGGAGGGAUCACGGUUAAUAACGCGGACGUUCUGCAGUUCCUAACGAAAGGUUAUAUCAAAUCAACAAUCCACCGAGUAGUCGGCCCCCCAGCUGAUCAAUCUCAUCUUCACCGCCUCGGUCUUCUCUACUUUGUCCGUCCUGCAGACGACACUCCCAUCGUUCCCGUCCCUAGUCCAGUACUCGAACGGGAAGGUCUUCUUACGGAAGAAGACAGGGAGGCUCAACAGCACCCUGAGAAUGCUGUGAAAGGGUACGAUUGGACUCGCGCUCGCGUUGAGAAUGCUCACAAUCGAACCAAAGUGUCCCGGUCGUACGAUGAUAAUAUUGAAGAGAAGACGUUUAACUAUAAAGGACUUGAAGUUCGAAAGCGGUGGUAUUGAGGACCGCUGAACAUUGGGUACAUUAAUUGAUGGAGGCAAAUGUACUGGUUCAAAUUUUUGGGGUUACAGGCCAAAGUUUUGCCCAAUCGUUGUCCGGAUAAAAACAUGGGUCCGAGGCUGGAUAAAGUUGAGACGGCUAGUCAGCGGUGGCCGGUGGUAGGUUCCCAUAG